CGCGCUCACUGAUUUCAAACAUACGCACGAGUAAUCAUCAUGUCGAUAAUUGCGGUGGCUCUGUUGGCGUUUGUGCUUGCUGCUACUAACUGCAGCGCUGGCAGCAAGUCAAGUUUGAACCUUUUAUGGCCAAGUCAGAGGAUAGUCGGCGGUGAGAAGACGGACAUCGAGCAGCAUCCGUUCCAGUUGAGUCUGCAGCGCUCGGGAUUUCACUCUUGCGGCGCCUCGAUCAUCAGCAGAAAGUGGGUGGUCACGGCUGGGCACUGCGUCGGAGCUCCGGAAUCGUCGUACAGAAUAGGCUCGGGCAGCACCAGUCGCUUCAACGGCACUCUGCACAAGGUCGCGAAAAUCGUCCGACAUCCCAAGUAUGAUUCUUUGGCCAUCGAUUUUGACAUAGCAGUGAUCAAAAUCGAAGACGAAUUCGAGUAUGGACCGAGCGUACGUCCAAUCAAGCUACCGGAAAGGGAAUUGCUCGCGGGCGAGCGAGUGAACAUCACUGGUUGGGGCGCAACAUCCCAAGGAGGCUCGCUGCCGGACACUUUGAUGAGGAUCCAAGUGCCUAUAAUCGGCCGUAAGCGCUGCGUCGAGGCUUACAAGCAGGUCAAGCCCGUGACCGAGCGCAUGAUCUGCGCCGGCCAAUUGAAGAGCGGUGGCAAGGACUCGUGCCAGGGCGACUCGGGAGGGCCCUUGAGCGCCAACGGCACGCUUUACGGUAUCGUUUCCUGGGGUUACGGCUGCGCCAGACCCAAUUACCCCGGCGUUUACACGAACGUCGUCUAUCUGCGAAGUUGGAUCACCAGCAUUACCGGCGUUUAGUAAAGAUAGUGAUAGUAGUCGUUACGUACGAAUAUAUAGGGGGAGCGAUCUUGUUUUUAUAUGUAUAUGAAAUUUUCAACUCGUCUUUUUAAGUUUUUGCUCCUUCAUUCGUAUACCCAUGUAUAUAUUUAUAAGGUUGUACAGUGUGCAGAAAAAAGCGCCCUAAGGAGGUAAGGAGAAGGAGGGAGGAGAGAGAGAAGCGCGAGUUGCUGCACCGAGGCCGAGAAAAUAAGAGAAAAUAUGACGAGAGUGCUUGACUGGUAGCUAAGCUCUUUACGAUAGUUUCCGCAAGAGUUUGCUGCUGCUGCUUCAAGUUUUGCUGCUGCUGCUGCUGUGUGCAGUAGCUAUAUACCCCGUGCUCACUGCGACUGACGUAAAAAGAAGUAGUAGAAGAAAGUUAUAUAAAUAUCUUAUAGAACAAGACUAAAAGCUGUUUAUGCUCUCUCCAUCUCUCUCUCUCUCUCUCUCUCUUCUGCU